GUGACCUGGCUCUUAGUUCUCCAUUUCAAGUUGUAGCUUUCUUUCUUAAAUCUUCUGCUUACAUUUUUUCAUUCUUUCCUAGGAUACCAAGGCUGAUGGUUUCAUAUACCUACCAGAAUUCCGAAUUGAUUUAGCUCCACAUUGCAGAAGAGACCAUGCUUUCCAAGCCACCCAUGCAAGAAUCAAGGAUUUCUACUUUGCUGGUACAUGCUUGGAUGAGAUGAACUAUUGGGUUUGUCAGACGUUGCAGUUAGCAUUUGGGUCCUCCUUUGGAGAUGCAGCUGUGAAUGCAGAAUACAGACGUAUGAGUGCUAUGCUUUAUGCAAAAUGUCUUAUGGCAUUAAAGAGAAACUUCCCUGUGAUUUGGUGUAACUACUGCGAAGAAGCAACUACCAUUGUUUCCAUGAAUCCAAACUUCCAAUACAGACGUCCUCAAAAUAUUUCUGAUGAGUUCAUUUAUUUCCGUCCUAUUAAUGCGGAAAUUCCGGAAAGGGACAGAAAACAAAAACAACAGAAUCCAACAUUGACCUCCCAGCAAUCAACCCGUGAAGGUAUUCAUCAGAGGGACUUGGGGCUUAUGAGUCAGGUGGUCAUGGUUACCACCCCCCCACUGACUAACGAGUUAGAAAGCACUGCCCUUGUAAAACCAAAAACUUCAGGGCUUCUUCGCAUAGAGAAAAUAUCAAUUAAGUCUCCAGGGGUUCCAGAAUUUCAACGCUUAGACGUUACAGGAAUUGCCAGUCCAGAGGAAAGGGGGAAAGGCACCGCAAUACUUGUUGCCGGUGUGCCUGGAAAGGAGGAGCUAGAUGAUACAGAAAUUCCAACUUUGCAAUUCACUGGGUUUGUUCACCUGGAAGCUUUAAUAAAUAAAUCUUCACCAUCCUCAGAAUACAGUCGCCCAGGAACCCCAAGAAAUCUAUGGAUGGAAUCUCCAGAAAAUGCAGAGUCCCCGGGAAGUGAUGAUAUGGAAGUAGCAAGAAGCAUGUAUCCUUUUAGAGAAAGAUCCAUCUUUCGGCGUUCCUGGGCAGAGCUCUUAGAGGCACCACUAAACAGUGAGGGGCUCCAUAUUCUCCAAACUGUCCCCAAUAAUCAAGACAGAGAUAUGGGUUUCAACAAAUUAACAUCAGAAGAAGAGAAUCAAGUAUCCACGUGUCCUAAGGAUCAACAUUUCCAGGCUUUGCAAGGCCCUUUCCCCUUGUUGCCAGAGCGCCCUAAGCUCCAGAGGCAGCGCAGUCGUAGCUUACCAAGAUACAGUGAAGUCAGAGGCAAAUACUUAAAUACACCUGAAUUCGAAGUAGACACAGAAGAAACUCGGUUCUCCGCACAUGACCAUAAUUUGCUAACAGAAGAAAACAUCAAGAAAAGAUACAACAUGGAGGGAGCUUGGCAAAAAGAAAUCCCGCCACUUUCUGGACAUCUUUCCAUCAAGCCAAAAUUCAACAAUUCUGCAAUUCGAGGAAACAAUGGAAUUGCUGAGGAUAAUUCUGCACGUCCCAGAGGCAAUGGUAGAAUCCCCAAGAAUAAUGUCAAUACUAUCCCCAUGGUUAAUGUUGGAAUUCCCAUAGAUAAUCCUCAAGUUCCUAGAGGCAAUGCUGAAGAUCCCAGAGGCAGCGGGUUUGGAGGUCACAUGGGGAACAGUGGUAGAAUUUCUAGACGUAUGGUGUCUUCUCCACUUAUUGAGCUCUCAAAGAUAGGUGAACACCGGUUAUAAAA